AACAGAUUAUCACGGAUCUUCGGUUGGAGGAGCUGCUGGAUAUGCCGGUUGCAAACCUGAGCAACGGCCAGACCAGGCGGACUCGGAUUGCGAAAGCCCUGCUCAACAAGCCUGAAGUCCUUCUCCUCGACGAUCCAUUCAUGGGCCUCGACCCGGCCGCCGUCAGACACAUCUCGAGCAUCCUUGAACACAUGGCAUUACGGUCAAGCCCCCGCGUCAUCUUCUCUUUCCGACCCCAAGAUCCCAUCCCCGACUGGAUCACGCACAUCAUGGUCCUCGGAAACCACAACCGUAUCCUGUUGCAAGCACCCAAGGAGGAAGCGAAGCGUGUGUUCGAGAUUUGGAGGAGACGCGCCGAGUACGAGAAGCCCCUCAGCCGGGCCGACGAAUGGACCCGGCGGACCGAUCAGGAGACCCAAAAACAGUUGAAAGGCGGCUAUUUGACCCGGCAAAUGUUGCGGGACAUGCGCAUCUCCCAUCAGAAGCCCAGAGUGAACAACCAGUACGAGCCCCCGGUCUAUCGUGCCAGUGGUGGUGAACCGAUCAUCGAGAUGGACGGCGUGCGCGUUCAAUACGGCGACAAAUGCGUCCUAGGACACUGGAGGCAAAACGUCUCCGGGGAAGCCAAAGAGGGCCUUCACUGGACGGUGCGUCGUGGCCAACGCUGGGCCAUCCUGGGCGCCAACGGAUCCGGCAAGACGACCCUCAUCUCUUUGAUCACGUCGGACCACCCGCAAACCUACGCCCUCCCCAUCCGCCUCUUCGGCCGCUCGCGCCUCCCGGAGGCCGGCCAGCCGGGGCUCUCCAUCUUCGAGCUGCAGUCGCGCAUCGGGCACUCGUCCCCCGAGAUCCACGCGUUCUUCCCCCGCCAGCUCACCAUCCGACAGGCCAUCGAGUCCGCCUUCUCCGACACCUUCCUCACGCGGCCUCGCCUCACCCACGAACAGGACCUGGAUGUCAACGCCUUCCUGCGCUUCUUCGCCCCCGAACUCAACCCAGACGGCCACCACGGGCCCCCAACCAAAGUCACGAUGCCCGACAACCAGCUCUUCCCCCCCCUCGUCAAAGAAACCCUCAAGACCGACUUCUACAACCCCGACGACGGCGUCGAAUACGCCGACACCAUCAUCUUCGGCGACCUCAGCACCGCCCUGCAGCGCCUCGUGCUGCUCCUCCGCGCCCUGGUCUCCCGCCCGGACAUCGUCAUCCUCGACGAAGCCCUCUCCGGCAUGCCCGCCUCCCUCCGCGACAAAUGCCUCACCUUCAUCGACCAGGGCGAGUGGUGCGUCAAACACCGCGUCCACAUCCAAACCGCCGACAACGCCCGCUUCCGCGGCCUCUCCGACAACCAGGCCCUCCUCACCAUCGCCCACUCCAACGAGGAUAUCCCCAGCUCCGUCCGCUACUUCAUGCGUCUCCCCUCCGGCUCCGAACGCAAAGAGAAACUCGAUUUCCGCUUCGGUGUCCUCAAGCCCGAGAGUCAGUGGGAUAACCUCCGCGUGUGGAAUCGUAACUGGUCCCUGCUUUAUUGGAAGAAGGAUAGGGAGAGGGUCGAGAAGAACUUCUUUGAUGCGGAUAUGCCCGUUAGGGAUGAUGCGGAGAAGUAUGAGUGGUGGCAUAUUUGAUUGGCAUUUAUAAUAUAUAUAUAUAUGUGUGUGUGUGCGUGUGUGUGUGUGUUUAGAUCAGGGGUAUAUAUGGAUAGCGUGCUGUUUUAUAGAUUAUUGGGUUAGAGGUGGUUGGUUAGAUGGGAUAGUGUUCUCAGUUGUAUGAUAGUGAUGGGAUUAGCAGUAGAAGUGCCGAGAUUGGACUGUACUGUGCUGGACUGUAAUUUACUGUAUUUUAUGCAUGCAUACAUAGAAAACCACUGACCUGACAGAGAG